CCACAAACCCUGCACUCCCUCAAACCUGGCACGGCUCGUUUUUUUGAGCCGCCAUGUUGGCGGCGAAGCAGAAAGAGAGGACUGAAAGGACUGAAAGGACUGCUGCGUUCGCGAGGGAGGCUGUCAGGACAUCAGGCGACGAGUCAGACCCCGACCGGAUUGUGAGGCUGCUGCGGUCAUGGGACACAGAUGGGGAUGGCAUUUUCAGGCGAGUGACGCAGAAUGAAUGAAUGAUGGGAGGAAAGGCAGAUCUUACAUGUAUCAUUCCAUCUGGCUGUCUGUCCGUCUGUCUGUGUGUCUGUCUGUGUGUCUGUCUGUCUGUGUGUUCAGCGUCGACGAGGUAGCGGAGGCGGCGCGCAUGGUACUUCGACAGAAGAAGAAGGGCAGGGGCCUUCAAAAGGCCGUCUGCACCGCGGCCAUCCUCUAUGCCGUCACCAUUCCGAUUCUCUUCGGUGUUACUCUCGGUGCUAUGGAGAUGGCCAAGGACUUCAGGCCGGACGACAACAGCAUCCUCUUGAGCACCCGCGGCGACAGGAACGUCAUCCGUAAGCGCCACACGGCAGCCCACGGGAGGGAUGGCGGCCAUGAGGAUCAAACAUGCUGCCUCAUUCUUUGGUUCUGGCUGGCUGCAGGGACGAAGCGGAAGAUCUAUGUGCAGUCACCGUUCGAAAUGGCCAGCAAAUCUCUGGCCGACCUGGAACGAGUACUCUUAACUCACACGCACACGUGCACGGCCGCAGGCAGGCAGGCAGGCACUCCCAUGCCGCUCAUGCGAGUGCAUGUUGUUCAUCUCCUCGUGUGCUUCACAUCCAUCCAUCCAUCAGGUGGACAGCAUAUACAUCGACGACCUGCUCGCGGGCAACGGCGAGGUGCUGCAGAGGUUCUACAAGGUCGAGAUGAUCACCAAGGCCAAGGCCUCAGAAAAUAUCAAAGUCGCGUUCUUCGGCGGUGACUACCUCGAGGUCACCAGCGAGAGAGCCCUGCUGUUCCGCCCAAAGCCGGCGGAGGGCUGUGGCGAGGCCAAGGCCGCCGACACUCCCGACGGGUAUUGCCCCGUGGCCGAGAUUGUGAAUGGCCCCGACCCGCGUGAAGAACAGACUCGGCGGCGGCUGGCGACUACGGCCAUCCCUGAGCCGCUGUACCCCAUCGGGCCGCGCAACAUCGGAGGCAACGUAUACUCGUCAUUCAACACGGGAUCGAUAUACGAAUCUGGUGAGGGAGUCAGCGCGGCGGGAGCAAGUCUCUGUUUGAAUCGUGUGCUGCCUGUGUGCGCGAUGCGGUGCGGUGUGUGUGACCUGUCAGAUGGCAUAGUGUCCCUUGGGAGGUCACGGUUCUUCGCGCAGCACCAACAGAGGUUCUGUCAGGGCCCCACGUGCACAUAGCGUGGUUCGUUCCGCGCUGAGAUCGCCUUUUUUUGUAUCUCCGUGUAAACAACGUGACAAAGUGCGAAGCGUCCUCCAGGUUUUUGUCUGUUCCGGGAGCGUGUGUAGCCAUCUGGCGCUUGACGUGCAGGAGGGCCUGAGUGUGUGUGUUGUCUGUGUCAGUCGCUUAGAGAGACAGAUUGUGUGUGUGUGUGUGAAAUGUGUCUGUCUCUUGCUGUCUUUUGUGUGUGUGGUGGUGGUGCGUUCUCUCUUCUCUCGCUCUUCAAGUUUCUCGUGCGGUCGUGACCUUUGUGCCGGUUUAGCUUUUUUCGGCUCGGGUGUCAUGUGGCCGCCAGUCUACACGGCAAAUCUAUCGUUCUGGGUGGAGGCCAGCCAUGGAUAGGUCGGUUUGUGGGUCGAUGCAUCCAGGAUGGGACGACCUUUCGUCUCUCUCGCCCUUGAUCUGUGUCGUCUGUUCGUCUGCCUAGUGGAGCUGUCUGUGUCCAUAAAGACGCAUCUAUCUGCAUGCCAUGACCUUUCUGCCGUGGCGACGCGACAUGCUAUAAUCAACACCUGACCUGCCCA